AAGUCCAGUCGCGAAUCUAAUUCCCCGCGAUGCUGUGCACAUGACGGAUUUGAGUUUUAUAAACUGCACAUCCGCACAACCGUUUCCCGAUUCCAGGAUACUUAACAGGUAAGGCUCGUCUUGCGAUGCAGGAGGGAGAUCUCGCAGUCAGGCGAACGGAAGCGAAGAGGGUGGCGAGGCGACUUUUUCAGGACGAAGAAAGCCCGCGGCAGGAUGCGCAGGAUAGUCGAAAGGCAGGCGUCAACGAUAAUCUGACGAAUCGCCUGUCCGAGGAAGGGCGAAAGAGUUUAGCAGAGGCUGAGAAGAGAUGGAACUUUGAUUUCACCAACGAAAGACCGUUGGAGGGUAAAUACGCAUGGGUGAAAGUCGGCGAGGGUGAAAAGGACGAGGAUUUCGAUUCACUGAGCGAGAAAGGGAGCGAAGAAUUAAAAGAAAACUCAGAGACUGACCCGAACGAAGUAGUUGAUAGUAAUGAUAAUUAGCUAUAUAAGUGUAUAAAUAUAUGAGUCUAUGGAAAAAAGAAGAAAAGAGAAGAGAAGAGAAAAGAAAAUGGAAGACUAGCAUUUUUCGGUUAUGCUAUAUUCCAAAUAAUUGUUAGAUAAUAUUUUAUACCUGUGUGUAAGAAUAGUCGAAUAUUAAUUCGA